CUGAACGUGACUGAGGUCGAUGCAGAAUCUGCUUUUAAGACGAGUUCUGCUCACUCGGUCACGUAUUCCGCUCGCCCCAAGCCUCCGCGUCGUCGGCCUCCGCAGAAAACUCGGAACGUCGUGCACAAGAAUGGAUCCCAAGCCAGUCGCCUCCACCUCCCAGCCGGCGACGACCGCGCUCGAUGCGCCCCACGCCGAGCCUACGGUGGAUAAGCCCAAGCAGCCCCAGCAGAAGAAGGCGAAGGCGCAGGCGAACGAGGCGCAGCAUCCCCUCGAACUGCAACCCCCGCCCGAGUUCUUCGACCACCGUAUCAAGAUGUACGAUCAGCUCAAGGCGGAGUAUGAUGAGUUUGUGAAGGCUCAACCGCGUGAGGAAAUCACCAUUACUCUCCCCGAUGGCGCCGAGCGCAAAGGGACCAGCUGGGAGACCAGCCCCAUGAGCAUCGCUCUGGAAAUCUCAAAGGGCCUCGCCGACAAGGUCGUCAUUGCGAAGGUCGACGGCCAACUCUGGGACCUCGAACGGCCGCUGGAAAAGUCAUGCAAGCUUGAGCUUCUCGACUUCGAUCACCCUGAGGGCAAGCGCGUCUUCUGGCACUCGUCCGCACACGUCCUUGGUGAAGCCGCCGAGCGGCACUAUGGCUGCCACCUCUGCCUCGGUCCUCCCACGGACGAGGGCUUCUUCUACGAGAUGGCGAUCGAGGACCGCCCAGUCCAGCCUAGUGACUACCCUGCCUUGGAGAAGGUCUCGGAGAAGGCCAUCAAAGAGAAGCAAAAGUUCGAGCGCCUCGUCGUGUCGAAGGAGAACCUGCUCAAGAUGUUUAACUACAACAAGUAUAAGCAGUAUCUCAUUCAGACGAAGAUUCCCGACGGCGAAUCUACGACUGUGUACCGCUGUGGCCCUAUGAUCGACCUGUGUGUGGGCCCACAUAUCCCCCACACGGGCAGGAUAAAGGCCAUGAUGGUCACCAAGAGCUCCGCGUCAUACUUCUUGGGUGAUCAGGCGAACGAUACCUUGCAGCGCAUCUACGGUAUCUCCUUCCCGGACAAGAAGCAGCUCGCUGAGCACAAGGCCUUCCUCGCCGAGGCUGCGAAGCGCGACCACCGUAAAAUCGGCAGGGAACAAGAGCUGUUCUUCUUCCACGACCUCAGCCCGGGCAGCUGCUUCUUCUUGCCGCACGGUACUCGUAUCUAUAACACGCUCAUCGAGCUCAUGCGAUCAGAGUACUUCAAGCGCGGUUACCAAGAAGUCAUCUCGCCCAACAUGUACAACGCGAAGCUGUGGGAAACGUCCGGGCAUUGGGAGAACUACAAGGACGACAUGUUCACGCUCGACAUCGAGAAGGACAACUGGGCGCUGAAGCCAAUGAACUGCCCGGGUCACUGCCUGAUCUUCGACUCGAGGGAUCGCAGCUAUCGUGAGCUGCCCAUUCGCAUGGCGGAGUUUGGUAUCAUCCAUAGAAACGAAGCCUCUGGCGCGCUCUCCGGCCUGACGCGCGUGCGCCGCUUCGUGCAGGACGACACGCACAUCUUCUGCAUGCCGUCGCAGGUGGAGGCGGAGAUGGCGGGCUUGUUCGACUUCAUGCAACACGUUUAUGGUAUCUUUGGCUUCGAGUUCCACCUCGAGCUCUCCACCCGGCCCGAGAAGUACCUCGGCGAGGUCGAGACGUGGAAUGCCGCGGAGGACCAACUCAAACAAGCCCUCGAAAAGUACUACCCUGGCAAAUGGGAGCUCAACCCGGGCGACGGCGCGUUCUACGGGCCGAAGAUCGACAUUACGAUCCGCGACGCGCUGAAGCGCGCGUACCAAUGCGCUACCAUCCAGCUUGACUUCCAGCUCCCGCAGCGGUUCAACUUGAAGUACAGGUCGAAUAAUGAGGAGGUGCAGAGGCCGAUCAUCAUUCAUCGGGCGAUUUUGGGGAGUAUCGAGCGCUUUGUGGCGAUUGCGACGGAGCAUUUUGCGGGGAAGUGGCCUUUCUGGUUGUCGCCGAGACAGGUGCUAGUUAUUCCGGUUGCUGCUCCUUACAAAGAGUACGCAUCCGAGGUCGCCGAGACGCUUUCGAAGGCCAACUUGUACGCCGAGGUCGACAACAGCGACAACACGCUGCAGAAGAAGAUCCGCAACGGCGAGAUUGCGCAGUACAACUUCAUUCUUGUCGUCGGCGAGACCGAGCUCGAGUCCAAGUCCGUCAACGUCCGCAACCGCGACGACGUUGGCACGAAGGCCCGUAGCGCGACGAUCCCGCUCGCGGACAUCGUUGACAAGCUAGUCAAGCUGAAGGAGUCGAGGAGUCUGAAGAACCAGUUCAUUGAGGCGUAAGCCACGGUUCAUGGAGGCAUAGGCCUGCUUGUCGAAUUGAACGUCUAUUGCUAUUGCUAGAUACGUACAUACAAUAACCUUAUUCUCUGCUCAAAA